UACACACACUGCACUUUGGAGGGUGAAAUGGCCCUAAUGAACAGGUGUUUGAUGUGUCAUGACUCAUGAGCACUAUCUUUGUCUUCAUCAUUCAAUACACUUCAAACAUAAAAACCUAUGGUGGUAAUUAACAAUUGCCUUUGUGGCACUGCUUGAUAUUAAAUCCCACACUUUGUGGGAAUCUUUGGCCUUUAAGCAACCUUUGCUCCAAGCAAUUCUAGAACUCUUCAUUCCUUUUCCCAAUUCUUCUCUUCAAAACUUGAUAAAAACUUCAUUUCCUCUCUUGUUGUAUCCUCUAGAAUUGUAUCUUUCUUGAGCACAAAAAAGAAAUGGCACAGAGAAUGGCAGUCACACAUGCAGACCUUGAACCAAGCAGAAGCAAAACAGAUUUGAGUAGCAAAACAGGUGCCUUCCUUAUGGUCCUCACAAUUCUAAUAGGCCUCUUCUGCUUCAUCCUAUGUCUCAUAGCAGAAGCCACACGUUCUGAGGUGACAUGGAUGGACACAGGUGGGAAAGAAAACGGAGGCAAAUCUGAAUGUGUUUAUAGCGGAAGUGGGAAAGUGCCAUUGCUAUGUGCUGCUUUUGCUUUUGUUGGACUUGCAUUUGCCAUGGUCAUGGAACAUACUUACAUGUUGAUAGCAGUGACUAAAUCAUCACCUUCUUUGCUUACAUGGGACCCUGAUUCUCCUUCUGCCAGGUCCCUAACAUGGCAGGCAGGGUUUUUCUUCAUUGCAACUUGGAUUUGUUUUGCAGUUGCGGAGAUUUUGUUGUUGGCAGCACUUAGUGUAGAGUCAGGGCAUCUGAAGAACUGGUCUAAGGCAAGAAACGGUUGCUACAGCAUCAGAGAAGGGGUGUUCUCUGCUGCUGGUGUGUUUGCUUUAACCACAGUUUUCUUGGCUGCUGGUUUAUAUCUAACAGCACUACGAGCACAAAGAAUGUCAGAGGAACUAGCAAAUGUUCGAAGAGAGGUUCUAGAAGCCUCUGCAUUCUAUGCUUCUCCACCAAGGUCACCUCAACCACAAUACAUCUCAACAAUUGCCAGGGAGAACCCCACAACCAGAGAGACCCCGAAUGAGCUUCUGUUAUCUGUGUUUCCAACUCCAUUCGUCAAAAGUCACAACUUUGCAUAAAUCUAGAAAAAAAAAAAAAAAAAAAAAAAAAA